AUGCGUCAUCGAGCCGCAAACACCCUUCUUACGACCUUGGCGCUGCUCACGGCAUCUGUGAGCGGCGCCCAGAAAUUAACGCCCGUACAUGAGCCGGGUCGGUGCGCCUUCCGCGGCCACUGUGGGAAGCAGAGCUUUUUUGGCAAAGAGUUGCCCUGCGUUGAUAACGGCUUGGCCAAGGAUCCCGAUGAGGAGUUUCGAAAGGAGCUUGUUGAGCUCUGCGGCGAGAAAUGGAGCACCGGCCCUGUGUGCUGCGAGCUGGAUCAGGUUCGAGCUCUCAAGUCUGAGCUGGGUACGCCCAACACACUGAUCGGAUCCUGCCCGGCAUGCAAGGAGAACUUCUUCAACAUGUUCUGCACGUUCACAUGCUCCCCCGACCAGUCUACAUUUAUCAAUAUUACCGAUUCCGCUGCCAAAAACGGCAAGCAACUCGUGACCGAGCUCGACCAACUGAUAUCACAAGAGUAUGGGACUGGCUUCUACGACAGUUGCAAGGAAGUCAAGUUUGGUGGCUCCGGAAGCAAGGCCAUGGAUCUGAUCGGAGGAGGUGCCACCAACUAUCACGAUAUGUUGAAGUUCCUAGGAGAUAAAAAGCCUCUCGUGGGCUCGCCCUUCCAGAUCAACUUUCCAGCCAACUAUACCGAGCCAGACAUGAGCCCCAAGGAUAUGAAGCCGAAGAAAUGUAAUGACGAGGAUCCAGCCUAUCGUUGUGUGUGUGUAGACUGUCCUGAGGUUUGUCCCGAGCUACCCGCAGUUAAGGACAAGGGCGCCUGCCAUGUCGGCGUGCUGCCGUGCCUUUCCUUUGCGUCCAUCUUGGUUUAUUCGGUUCUGUUAUUCGUAUUUACCACCAUGGUAUUUGGACAUAUUGCCUGGAAGCGGUACUCAAAGCGCCGGGUGGAACGAACGAGGCUGCUACACGAAUCGUCCCACAGUGACGAUGAAGAUGAAGGCGGGCCUGUGCUCACCGAAGCCAUGCGCGAUCGCCCGACGAAGCGUUAUCGCAUCAACGACAUCUGCGACAAGGCAUUCUACCAGCUGGGCCAUGCUGCGGCCCGAUUCCCCGGUGUCACCAUCAGCCUAAGUCUGGUUCUUGUUGCUCUGCUCAGCGCCGGGUGGUUUAGGUUCGAUUUAGAAAAAGAUCCUGCGCGCCUUUGGGUCAGCCCAUCCUCUCCUGCAGCACAAGAAAAGGCGUACUUUGACCAGAACUUCGGCCCCUUCUACCGUGCGGAAAAGAUUUUCCUUGUCAACGACACUCAGCCCUCUGGACCUGGUCCUGUUCUUAGCUACGAGACUCUCAAAUGGUGGAUGGAUGUCGAAAAGAGCAUCUCCAGACUCGAAAGUCCCAUCUUUGGCAAGUAUCUUAGCGAUAUUUGCUUCACGCCCCUCGAUGAUGCUUGUGUGGUUCAAUCCGUCUCCGCCUAUUUCAACGCCAAGGGUGGCCUAAGCCCCAAGUACUGGGAGGAUGAUCUCCGACAGUGCUCCAAGUCUCCUGUCGAUUGCCGCCCCGAUUUUGGUCAACCAAUCGAACCAAGCAUGGUGCUUGGCGGUUUUGAUGACGAUAUCACUCAAGCACGAGCUCUCACAGUGACAUGGGUUGUCAACAAUGCGAACGAGGGCAGCAAUGCCCUUGCUUUCGCUAUCGACUGGGAGAACGCGCUUCGGGAUCGACUCCUCCAGGUUCAGCAAGAAGCAACUGACAGGGGUCUCCGCCUCUCUUUCAAUACUGAGAUCUCCCUUGAGCAAGAGCUGAACAAAUCGACUAACACUGAUGCCAAAAUUGUCGUCAUUAGCUACAUUGUCAUGUUCAUAUACGCCUGCAUGGCACUGGGCACCCCGCUCAAGCAUGUCUUCAGAAACCCUGCUGUGUUGCUCGUCGAGUCAAAGGUCACUUUGGGACUCGUCGGCAUCAUCAUUGUUCUCAUGUCCAUUGCGGCCUCUAUUGGUUUCUUCUCCUGGGUUGGCCUUAAAGCAACUCUGAUCAUCGUCGAAGUCAUCCCCUUCAUUGUCCUCGCCGUCGGUGUGGACAACAUUUUCCUCAUCGUCCAUGAACUUGAGAGAGUCAAUGUCAGCUGUCCCGAUCAGAUGGUUGAGGAGCGCGUUGGCCGGGCUCUGGGUCGGAUGGGCCCAUCAAUCCUGUUCUCUGCCCUGACAGAAACUGUGGCAUUCGCUCUUGGUUCCGCUGUUGGCAUGCCUGCGGUCAGAAAUUUCGCCGCUUACGCCGCCGGAGCCGUGUUCAUCAACGCUCUUUUGCAAAUGACAAUGUUUGUUUCGUUCCUGUCUCUCAACCAAAUGCGGGUGGAGGAUCAUCGCUGUGAGUUGUGGCCAUGGUGGCAAAUCACCAAAGCCCGCAUUCAUCUAAACGGAUCGAACGGAUAUGCUGGAUCGGGUAGGACCUCUGACUAUGAUGAGGAAAGCUUCUUGCAGAUCGUGAUAAAGAACAGAUACGCCCCAGCCCUGCUCACCAAGAAAGUCAAGACUGGUGUCGUUGUUUUCUUCUUUGGUCUCUUCGCUGCCAGUCUUGCAUUACUACCUACUAUCCAACUUGGACUCGACCAGAGGGAUGCCAUCCCAGAUGGCUCCUAUCUGAUCCCAUAUUUCAAUGAUCUUUACGACUAUCUCGAGAUAGGACCCCCUGUCUACUUUGUGACCCGAGGUGUAGAUACUACCUCUCGUCCAGAACAACAAGAGCUCUGCGCCAGAUUCACAACGUGCGAGCCUCUCUCCCUCGCCAACACAUUGGAACUUGAGAGACAGAGAUCCGAUGUUUCCUACAUCUCUGCCCCAACUGCCAGCUGGAUCGAUGACUUCUUUACGUGGCUCAAUCCUAUUUACGAGAAGUGUUGCGUUGAGGACGGAGAGACUUGUUUUGCAAAUAGAGAGCCUGCGUGGAACACAACCCUCUACGGUAUGCCCGUAGGUGACGAGUUCAUCCGCUACCUCGAGAAAUUCUUGACCGCCCCAACAACAUCAGAGUGUCCCCUUGGCGGGCAAGCCGCAUACGGGCAGGCAGUUGUUCUCGGUGAGGAUUAUAAGAGUGUCAAGGCCACUCAUUUCCGAACCGCCCAUACACCCUUGAGAAGUCAGGAGGAUUUCAUCAAGGCUUAUGCGUCCGCUCGACGCAUCGCAGCAGACAUUACGGCCCGCACUGGGGCAGACGUCUUCCCAUACAGUAUAUUCUAUAUCUUCUUCCAUCAGUACCUCGAGAUUGUCGGCUUGACGGCUGGACUUCUAUCCGCCGUCGUAGGCAUUAUUUUCGUCGUCGCUGCGAUCCUUCUUGGCUCCGUACUGACCUCCGCCGUGGUCACUCUUACUGUGAUCAUGAGCGUCAUUGACAUCAUGGGUGCCAUGGCCCUCUUUGGCGUCUCGCUGAAUGCGGUGUCACUGGUGAACUUGAUCAUUUGCGUCGGCAUCUCCGUCGAGUUCUGCGCCCAUAUCGCCCGUGCGUUCAUGUUCCCCUCACGAACCGUUAUGGAGAGCAACAACUUUGGCCUGCGGGGCCGUGACGCCCGAGCCUGGACAGCACUUGUCAACGUCGGAGGCUCAGUCUUCUCCGGAAUCACAGUCACCAAGCUUCUCGGUGUCUGCGUCCUCGCUUUCACUCGCUCCAAGAUUUUCGAGAUCUACUACUUCCGCGUAUGGCUGGCUCUGGUCAUAUUUGCCGCCAUCCAUGCUCUUAUCUUCCUCCCUGUCGCACUUAGCAUUGCAGGAGGUCAGGGCUACGUUGACCCCGAGAGCGAGGGAACAGCCGCCCAAGACUUGACCGAUCGACGCUGGCGAGCGAUCCGUAUUAACGAUCAAAGCGACUCAGAAGAUGAGUACUAG